ACACAAAUAAAUGGAAGCUCAUGCUGUGAGUGCACUAUGGAUGGAUCUGUGGACUUCAGAGGGAGGCCAGCAAACAAAAAGAAAAGUGGUGGAUGGCUAACUGGGAUGCUGUUGCUUGUAAAUCAGGGUUUAGCAACGCUUGCGUUUUUUGGAGUUGCAGUGAACCUGGUCCUUUUCUUAACAAUGGUACUACAUCAGAACAAUGCAGACGCCGCCAGCAAUGUCAGUAAAUGGACAGGCACAGUCUACCUCUUCUCUCUAGUUGGUGCCUUCCUCAGUGAUUCCUACUGGGGAAGAUACAAGACAUGUGCCAUCUUCCAAGCUAUCUUUGUUUUCGGCUUGGCGUUGCUAUCCUUCUCCUCCUCACGCUUCUUGCUCAAACCCUCUGGGUGUGGUGAAGUCCAUAGCCAAUGCAGGACCCACUCAGGGAUGGAGGUGGGAUUGUUCUACUUCUCAAUCUACCUUACUGCCCUAGGGUAUGGUGGGUACCAGCCAAAUAUAGCCACCUUUGGGUCUGACCAGUUUGAUGAGGAGGAUCCAAAGGAAGCCCAUUCUAAGGUCUCCUUCUUCAGUUAUUUCUACCUGUUCCUCAACUUAGGCUCCCUCUUCUCCAACACCUUAUUGGUCUACUUCCAGAAUGAAGGAAUGUGGGCCUUGAGCUUCUGGGCCUCUGCAGGCUCGGCCUUCCUUGCCCUUGCUCUGUUCUUGGCUGACACCUACAGGUACAGACACUUCCAGCCUACUGGAAAUCCCCUUUCCAGGGUGUCCCAGGUCAUUAUCGCUGCCUCUAGGAAAUCAACAGUAAAUAUUCCAUCCAGCAACGAGCAACUAUACGAGGCGGAUGGAAAGGAACUUGGGACUAGUGGAAGUAGGAAGCUCCUUCACACCAAAGGAUUCAAGUUUUUGGACCGAGCCGCACUCAUCAACUUCGACGACGAUCGUUUUACCCACCACGAGCAGCACGACCUCCAAAACCCCUGGCGCCUCUGUACAGUUACCCAGGUCGAAGAAGUCAAAUGUGUGCUUCGCCUCCUUCCAAUCUGGCUAUGCACAAUCCUCUUUUCUGUUGUCUUCACGCAGAUGGCCUCUCUAUUUGUUGAGCAGGGCGCAGUAAUGAACAUGUCCAUUGCAGGAUUCCAAAUACCCCCUGCGAGCAUGACAGCCUUUGACAUCCUUGGUGUUACAUUCUUCAUCUUCUUCUGUCGCCACAUUCUCCAACCGCUGGUCUGUAGCCUGCGGAAGGACUCCACAGGACUAACAGAACUCCAGAGGAUGGGAAUUGGGCUCAUCUUUGCUGUGUCCGCGAUGAUCUCCUCAGGAACAGUUGAAAUCUAUAGGUUAAAGCAUGUUUGCAAAGAUUGUGCAGGAAAUACCCCUAGCACUCUAAGCAUCCUGUGGCAGAUCCCUCAAUAUUUACUGAUAGGGGCCUCUGAGGUGUUCAUGUAUGUUGGUCAACUAGAGUUCUUCAACUCACAGAUGCCAGAUGGAUUAAAGAGCUUUGGAAGUGCUCUUUGUAUGAUGUCGAUGUCUUUAGGGAACUACGUUAGCAGUCUGAUUGUGUCAAUAGUAAUGAAAAUCACGGUCAAAGGAAACCAGCCUGGAUGGAUACCAGAAGACCUGAAUAAGGGGCAUAUGGAAAGGUUCUUUUUCCUGCUUGCAGCCCUGACCAGUGUAGACUUCUUGGUUUACUUGAUCUGUGCUAGAUGGUACAAGUGCAUCAAAAUGGACGGACAGAUUGAAGAAGAUGAUGAAGAGUUCAGUGUUUGAUAGGACUUCUACAGAGAAGACGAGCCGCAUAGUUGGGAGCCUCUUCUUUUCCUCACAUUUCCUUUGAACUAUUACCAUCUUUGAUGCAAGAUACCACUUAAGGGAAUUAUGUGGAGGUCAUGAACAGAUUGGGCUAGGAUAGUACAUCAGACAAUGUGAUUUGAGUGUAUGGAAAAGCCUAAUUCUAAGUGGUUUUGGUAAUUAAGCUUUGUAUAAGAUUCAAUCACUUAUUAUAUGGAAGACUUUUUCCUUUGAA